AUGACAGUGAAUAAGAGAGAAUUCUUUGGGAGAAAGCAAGAUUCAGAGAAGGCGGGCAGUAAAAACCCUAAAAAUAAAUUGGACUGGAAAGCCGUUCAUGGCAAGGUCGACCUGAAGGUGAGCGCCGAGGCCCUGAAGACCGACUUUCUGUGUGGCAAAGAGGUGGUAUCUGUCCCUGACGCCGGCCGUAUUGACACCGUGGUCCGCAGCCUGCUGGUGGAGGCUGAAGGAACGCCUCAGUCAGUCAGUCACAACGCACUGCUCUGUCCUGCAGAGGGACCAGUGGAAAAGGAAAUCUCUCUUGUGAUGCCAGAGAUGUUUGUUGCUGGAUCUGCCAGAGCCACUGUCUCUGUACUGGGUGACCUGAUGGGCCGAGCCAUUAAGAACCUCGACCAACUCCUGGCAAUGCCGUAUGGCUGUGGGGAGCAGAACAUGUUGCUGUUUGCUCCCAACAUCUUCAUUCUCAACUACCUGAAAAGCACGGGUCAACUGACUGCUGAGAUUCUGGAGAAAGCAAAGCGCUUCCUUGAGAGCGGAUACCAAAGGGAGCUCACCUACAAACAUGACGAUGGCUCCUACAGUGCCUUUGGGAAAAACGAUGCAUCCGGCAACACCUGGCUGACCUCCUUUGUGAUGAAGUCAUUUGGGGGGGCAAGGCCUUACAUCUUUGUCGAUCCCAAGCACAUUUUAGAGGCCAAGAAAUGGUUGUACGCUCAACAGGGGCGUAAUGGCUGCAUCCAAUCUGUGGGGAAACUCAUCCACAAUGGCAUGAAGGGAGGUGUGAGCGACGACGUAUCCCUGACGGCUUACAUCGUUGCCGCCCUGUUAGAACUGGACUCCGACAUUGAAGAUUCUGUGAUCCAGAGGUGUUUGGGCUGUCUGAAGGAGGCAGACGGCCAAAUAGACAAUUUGUACACCACACCGCUUAUGUCCUACACCUUUACUCUGGCUAGGGAUGAGGAAAUGAGAAUCAAGCUAGUCAGCUACCUGCACCAGCAGUCCAGCACGAUGGGGGGAACCCGCCACUGGGAGCGAGUGGGGGCCUCGAAGAAAGGACUGGACUCCCUGGAGGUUGAGAUGACUUCCUAUGUACUGCUGGCACUGCUCUCUGGGCCUUCCCUUCCAGAUUUUGGUCUGGGCUACAGCUCUGGCAUUGUGCGCUGGCUCACACAGCAGCAAAAUCCGUACGGUGGUUUUUCUUCCACACAGGAUACCGUGGUGGCCCUCCAAGCGCUGGCUAAAUAUGCUGCUGCCACCUAUAGCGUCGGUGGCAGGACUAUCGUGACAGUGACCUCGUUAGGAGGUCUGAACAAGCGGUUCAUCGUUGACCAGAGGAAUCGGCUCCUGUACCAAGAAGAGAAGCUGAGCGAUAUCCCUGGAGAGUACACGAUCAGAGCAGAGGGAAAGAGUUGUGUUCUGGCACAGAUCUCCAUGCAUUACAACGUUCCCCCUCCUCCUGACUUUUCCGCCUUCACCCUCUCCACUAAUACCAUUUCCAAGUGCAACCCCAGCAAGCCACAGAUCAUCCUCUUUGUUCACGUCAGGUCAGUGUGUGUGCAUAUCUGUCCGUUUGUCAAAUAA